UCCAAGGUCCUUGUUUCCUGGAGCUAGAAAUCUGUUUGUCUUUAUUUUCUAGGCUCCUAUACAACAGACGACAUUAAGAUUAUUAUUAUUUUUUUAAAAUAGUUAAUUCCACUCGUUUCCUCGUUUCAGUGCUUUUUUCUUAAAUUGUUGACACAACUACAAACAUUCAUUUCGGAUUACGCUCGCGGUCUGCUAUCGUUCAGUAGCAGACAACAAGAUACAAAAUGGCUAUUUUUUUAUCAACGUGUUUUUUAAUUUUGAUAUCAGUGCAACUGGGCGAAUCAUCCGGUGUGUUUGAGUUGAAAGUACACUCUUUCACAACCACAAGCAGUGUGUGUAAACGGUCCAGAGACUGUCAGAUAUUUUUCCGUGUUUGCCUGAAGCACUCGCAGGACGUCAUCUUACCUGAGCCGCCGUGCACUUAUGGCAUCGGACUGACAGGAGUAUUCAGCGCAGACCAGAGCUCCAUCUCCAGCAGUGCGCCUAUCAAGGUGCCUUUUAAUUUCAAGUGGCCGGGAACUGUGUCGUUGAUAAUUGAGGCAUGGAACGCAGAAUCCUCUGAGCAGUCAACAGAGAAUCUGAACAAUAUGAUCAGCCGUUUAGCCACCAAAAGGAGACUCGCAAUUGGGCAGGACUGGUCCCAGGAUGUGCAUCUUGGAGAGCAAAGUGAACUGCGCUUUUCUUACCGCGUCGUGUGCGAUGAAUUUUACCACGGCGAGGACUGCUCGGAUUUCUGCCGGCCACGGGAUGACGCGUUCGGCCACUUCAACUGCAAUGCCGCCGGCAAUAGAAUCUGCUUGACUGGAUGGAAAGGCGAAUACUGCGCUGAACCCAUCUGCUCGUCUGGCUGUAGUGAGGAGCACGGUUAUUGUGAGGUCCCUGGUGAGUGCCAGUGCCGCCUCGGGUGGCAGGGCCCCCUUUGCGAUGAGUGCCACCGAUAUCCGGGGUGCUUACACGGCACUUGCAGCCAACCCUGGCAGUGCACUUGCAAGGAGGGAUGGGGCGGCCUGUUCUGCAACCAGGAUCUGAAUUUCUGCACCAAUCACAGGCCCUGCGUGAAUGACGCCACCUGUACCAACACUGGCCAAGGCAGUUACACCUGUACCUGCACGCCCGGCUUCAGCGGCACAAACUGCGAAAUUGAGACCAAUGAGUGUGACAGCAACCCGUGCAAGAAUGGAGGCAGCUGUAAUGAUCUGGUUAAUGAUUACUCCUGCACAUGUCCUCAAGGCUUCUACGGGAAGAACUGCGAGAUCAGUGCCAUGACCUGUGCCGAUGCACCCUGCUUCAAUGGAGGAACCUGCAUGGAGAAGGGAACCGACGGCUACUCCUGUCGCUGCCCUCCUGGUUACAUGGGAUCUAACUGUGAGAAGAAGAUCGACCGGUGCAGCAGCAACCCCUGUGCAAACAGUGGCCAGUGCCUUGAUUUGGGUCACAGCCUGAUGUGCCGUUGUCACCCUGGCUUCAAAGGCUCGCGUUGCGAAAUAAACAUAGAUGACUGUGCACGCAGCCCCUGCCAAAACGCCGGCACCUGUGUGGAUGGCAUCAACGACUACACCUGCACAUGCACGCUUGGUUUCACAGGCAAGGACUGUAACGUCCGUGCUGACGCCUGCAGCCUUAUGCCCUGUGAGAACGGAGGGGCCUGCUACACCCAUUUUUCUGGACCCGUCUGCCAGUGCCCACCAGACUUCAUGGGCACACGGUGCGAGUAUAAAGAUAAGCCCACCCCCGUACCGAGCCCUCCUUUUCCAGCUGCUUUGGUGGUUUCAUUCACUCUGGGCCUCAUCACACUUACCCUUGUGGUCUCUGCUGCCACUGUGGUCCUGAGACAGAUGCAACAAAAUCGCAAAGAUACCUCAGCCACUGUGCGCAACGACUUGGAGACGGUCAACAACCGUACCUCUUUAACCCCCAACUCAACGUUAGGCCUUAAAGAGAAGGAGGCCUUUCUUAUUCCCGGUGGUCCUUAUAAGAUGUCCAAUAAGGAUGUGGCACUCAGCUCCACCGUUGUGGACACUCAUUCCAGUGACAAAUCAAAUUACAAGCAGAAGAUGCUGGACUACAAUUUGACCAUAGAUGAAAAACACAAAAACAACAAGCUAGACCUGAAAAACACGGAAUCAACAUUAUUGGUUCCGCCUUUGAACUAUCCGAAAGAGGGAUUAUAUCACCCUGUAUACAUCAUUCCUGAACAUAUAGAACAAUGUGUGUAUGCUACUGAGGUUUAACAGUAUUCUUCAGUCUGGAACACCUCAAUUACCAGUGGACCAAUGGCCCAAAAAUGUUUACAGUCCUAAAAGACUAUAGGAAGAAGUGAAGAGUAUAUAUUAUAUCUACAUAUAUUAUUUAUUUAUUCAUGCUGCUCAUUAAAAAUAACUUUUUAUUGAUAUGGACAAUGAUUUUGCAAAGACAAAGCAAGAAUUUUAUGGACUUGAAGACUUUAGGAACAAUUUGCAUUAUUUGCACUAUUUUCUUUUCCUUUUUUAAUGUCCCAAAUAGAAUUAUAUAUAUAUAUAUAUAUAUAUAUAUAUAUAUAUAUAUAUAUAUAUAUAUAUAUUUCAUCAUAUUUAAAUUGUACAUAAAGACCAAAAACUCUCUGAGCUAAGGAGAAUCAAGGAUUCCUUAAUCACUGAACGGCAAAUGCUUUUAUAUCUGAGGCCUUGAAAAGGAUGAAAACAGGCAUAAUCUCAAUUUACGUUUCACAAGAGGCCUUUUUUAGCCAAUCAAUCAGCCUUUUACUCAAAGGAGGUGAAGUCUGACCAUGGAGUAUUUUUUGGAUAUGGUUCGAAAUGCUAUUUAUGAACAAUUAUGUAUUUGUGAUGACAAGCAAUCAAAGUUGAUGGAACAAGCUGUUUCAGCUGAACAAGGUGAACAAUGAUCUUGGGAAUCUACAGUGUAAAUGGUAUACUGUAUUUAAUGUCUACUAUGGAUUUGACUAUCAAUGAUGUUCACUCUGACCAAACUCUAUCUUUACUAAGUGCCUCAUCUUUCAAUGUGCUUUAACUCAAUGAAAAGGGUACUCCUUAGAAACACUAAAAUACUUUUGUAGUUCGGUAUUUGAUAUGUCUAUUUAAAAAUCUCUUUAGGAGUAUGUUUUUCAAAAAUACAUGUUUUGGUUGUCUUGGGUACAAAUUGUUUAAACAGCAGUACAUGAUGGAUGCUGUUGUGUACAGCUUUCAUCCUGGCAAUGUUCAGUGCUGCUAAGCUAUUUCCGACAUUCCCAAGGCACAAACGGGCCAGUUGGUUCAAACUGAUAGCCUUGUCAUUGUCAAGUUUUUCUGGUUUUGUGAACCUCUGCAUUGGGGUCUUUAAAAAAAAAAAAAAAAAUCAAGAUUCUUAACGGAGUAGAUUUUUUUAUGUGGCAUUUGUUUCUCAAUUAUUUUUUUAAACAAUUCAAAUCAAAAUGGAUGAUACUUUUAUAUUUUAUAAUGUCAGUCUUAAUUUAACAAUGCAAUAUUGUACAAAACCUUGAGAUAUUCCUACUAUUUAAUUGAUUGUAAAUAAUUUGUAUUUAUAAAAGAGAAAUGUAUAUAUGUUUAUGUAUUGUGCCUGUCACAAACUCAGAAGUAUAUAUUUUUCUUAAAAUAAAUCUUGAAAUGUA